GGUGCAGAGCUGGGCGCAGGUGUCUCGGGGCCGGCCGCUUACCUUGCACUCUGCCCGGGGCACCCCCUGUCUUGUCCCCCGCCCCCCUUUCCCUCUCCCUCUCCGGUCUGGGAGCCCUGGGCUAGCCAGCCCCAGGCCGAGGCUGCGCGCUGAGUGACUGGCGGGCUGGGGGCUGAUUGACGCGCGCCGGGCCCCGGCGAAGUGCGGCCCCUGCCGAGGUGCGCCCGCUAAGUGGGUGUGCCUGCCUAUUAUUUCAGCUGUCAGCGGAUCGAUGCGCGGCGCCUCCGACUCAGGCGCCGCUGCUGCCGCCGCCCCCGGACCGGCCAUGUGGUCACUUCUCUUGUUGCGUCUCGGGCCGGGAGGACAGCGGCGCAGGACAAGCACCCGAGCUCUCCCGUGAAGAGGACUCCUCGGCAACUAACUCCCCCUAGGCUCGCGGCCCGGCUAGCUCCUGGGACUUAGGGCAGUGGAUGUGUGCGGGGGGGAGGGGGAGGGUGACGAGGGAGGGUUGAAGGGUGUGUGAGAGUACGAAUGUGUGUGCCCGCGCAAACGUGGGCCCGCACCGUAACCCAGAGAGCUGGGUGCAAUUUCUAACUCCCGCCGGUUCCGUUACCCAAAGACAGUGACCCUGCACUCCAGGGUCCAGCUGCCGCCUCUCGAAGUGGCGGCAUGGAGGCUCUCGCCAGUCAGAUGGGGAAUGGGCGCGAAGGAAGCUCCUCCCCAAACUCCAAGCAGGAGCUGCAGCCGUACUCCGGCUCUAAUACCCUCAAGCCCAACCAGGUCGGCGAGACGUCCCUGUACGGGGUCCCCAUCGUCUCCCUGGUCAUCGACGGCCAGGAGCGUCUGUGUCUGGCGCAGAUCUCGAACACACUGCUGAAGAACUACAGCUAUAAUGAGAUCCACAACCGGCGGGUGGCCCUGGGCAUCACGUGCGUGCAGUGCACCCCAGUUCAGCUGGAGAUCCUGCGCCGGGCCGGGGCUAUGCCCAUCUCAUCGCGUCGCUGCGGCAUGAUCACAAAGCGCGAGGCAGAGCGGCUUUGCAAGUCUUUUCUCGGAGAGCAUAAGCCGCCCAAGCUGCCAGAAAACUUCGCCUUCGACGUGGUGCACGAGUGCGCCUGGGGUUCCCGAGGCAGCUUCAUCCCUGCCCGAUACAACAGCUCCCGCGCCAAGUGCAUCAAGUGCGGCUACUGCAGCAUGUACUUCUCCCCCAACAAGUUCAUCUUCCAUUCCCACCGUACCCCGGAGGCCAAGUACACCCAGCCCGACGCGGCCAAUUUCAACUCGUGGCGGCGCCAUCUCAAGCUCAGUGACAAGACGGCCACAGACGAGCUGAGUCACGCGUGGGAGGACGUCAAGGCCAUGUUCAACGGCGGGACCCGUAAACGGACAUUCUCCCUCCAUGGCGGCGGGGGAGGAGGCGGUGGAGGAUCCGGGGGCCCCGGAAAAGGAGUGGCCGGUGGUGCAGGGGGAGGCCCGGGCUGUGGAGGAGAUCUCCCCCCUGGCCCACCGCCCCACAAGAGCCUCCGCUGCGCUGCUGAUGAUGACCCCACAGGACCACCUGGCCCACCACCGCCUCCUCACCCACAGCGGGGGCUAGGCCUGGCUGGAGGAGGCGGGGGCGGUCCUGGAGGGGGCAGUGGGGCCGGGGUCCGCAGCUACCCAGUGAUCCCUGUGCCCAGUAAGGGCUUUGGCCUUCUACAGAAGCUGCCACCGCCUCUCUUCCCGCACCCUUACGGCUUCCCCACGGCUUUCGGCCUGUGCCCUAAGAAGGAUGACCCAGUACUGGGCGGGGGUGAUCCCAAGGGCGCUGGCGGGGCAGGUGCGGGUAGCGGAGCAGGAGGGGCAGGAGGCGGCGGAGGACAUUUACCCCCAGGGGCCGGGGCUGGGCCAGGCGGAGGUACUAUGUUCUGGGGCCACCAGCCAGCUGGGGCAGCCAAGGACGCGGCUGCAGUGGCUGCAGCAGCAGCCGCCGCCACGGUCUAUCCGACCUUUCCUAUGUUCUGGCCCGCAGCAGGCAGCCUACCUGUUCCACCCUAUCCAGCUCAGAGCCAGGCCAAGGCCGUGGCCGCGGCGGUUGCGGCCGCAGCGGCCGCAGCAGCAGCAGCGGCUGGGAACGGUGGAGCCGGAGGUCCGGGUGGUGCGGGCGGAACAGGAGGCCCCGGCGGAGGCCCGGUUCCCCCUGGAGGGACUGAACCCCUGGAGGUUGUGGGAGAACCGGUCAAGGAAGGCGGCUUAGGAGGUGAAGAGCGGUGCCCCAGCGCGCUGUCUCGCGGACCUGGGGACGAGGACGGAGUAGAUGAGCCUUUGCCGCCGUCUUUAGGCCCCCUUCCCCUGGCGCCACCCCAGGCCCCACCGCCCCACCAGGCCCGCAAGGGCAGCUACGUGUCAGCCUUUCGACCCGUGGUGAAAGACGCCGAGAGUAUAGCCAAGCUGUACGGCACCACCCGGGAGGCCUAUGGGGCCGGGGCUGCGCGCGGCCCGGGGGGGAGCGGCGCCGGAGGCUACUUGAGUCCGGACUUUCUGAGCGAGGGCAGCUCUAGCUACCGCUCAGCCUCGCCUGACGUGGACACGGGUGAUGAGCCCGAGGUGGACGUGGAGUCCAACCGCUUCCCGGACGAGGAAGCGGAACCUGAGGAGGAGGCAGAUCCAGGCCAGUCAGUCGUGGGAGGCGGCCCUGACGCGGACCUGACAACCCCGCUUCCCACCGGCAUCUCCUGCUCGUCCUCUGCCACCUCCUCCUCAGGAGACUGCCCGGCAGAUUCGUCCGACGGUGGCAGUCCUCACCACCGCCGACGCCACUUGCCGCCGCCCACUGGCCGGCCAGGUUUCGGAGACCAAGCGGCUGAGGAAGCAGGGAGACGCUCGGAUAGGAGUCCUGAGAAUGGAAACUACGACCUGCGGGAGCCCUGCGGGGCUUUGGGAGGCUCGGGGCCAGGAUCUGGCCCCGGCCCUGGCAAGGUGUAUGGGCAGGAAAGAGACGAGCACUUGCAGACCCUGAAGAGCUCCUCGGCGCUGGGAACGGCGGCCUCUUACCUUUGCAACCCAGAGGCAAAUGAGCCAGAUAAAGAAGACAAUCACUCUACAGCAGAGGAUUUGGAGACUAGGAAAUCCUAUCAAGACCAAAGGAGUGUCUCUCAGCCCAGUCCUGUAACCACAGACCGAGGAGAAGAAAGCCUGACCUUGGAUGUCACUGGAACUCCGAUAGGUGAGAAAGACAUCGAGAACCUCGCCAGAGGUGAACUGCAAAAACUACUUCUGGAGCAAAUGGAGCUCAGGAAGAAACUGGAACGGGAAUUCCAGAGCCUCAAAGAUAAUUUUCAGGAUCAGAUGAAGAGGGAAUUGGCCUAUCGAGAAGAAAUGGUACAACAGCUGCAAAUUGUCAGAGACACUUUGUGUAACGAACUGGACCAGGAAAGAAAGGCUCGCUAUGCCAUCCAGCAGAAAUUAAAAGAAGCCCACGAUGCGCUACACCACUUCUCCUGUAAGAUGCUGACGCCGCGUCACUGCACGGGCAACUGCUCAUUCAAGCCUCCACUCCUGCCCUAGCCCAACCCAAGGCAGCCGAGCCGCGUGGACACACCUACAAGCCAUGCUCCUCCUCUGUAAAUACGGAGCAGAGACCGAAAGAGAGAAACAAGCCAUUUAUACCAGACCAAUGUAAAUAGUGAUCUCCGGACGCCCUCUUCGUCCAUCUCCUAAGCCUCGGCCCACUCACUCUCUCCCCUCACACCUCCCCUCCAAUCCCUGGGAUUCUGUGUGACUCAGAGCUUCUAAGUGUAAAUACUGCCUAAAACUAAGUUGAAAUUCAGGGCAUCGGACCACAAAAGUUUAACUGGACCAAAGGAAGAGGGGCAGAAAAGGAAGGAAGGAAGGAAGAAAGAAAGAAAGAAAGAAAGAAAGAAAGAAAGAAAGAAAGAAAGAAAGAAAGAAAGAAAGAAAGAAAGAAAGAAAGAAAGAAAGAAAGAAAGAAAGAAAGAAAGAAAGAAAGAAAGAAAGAAAGAAAGAAAGAAAGAAAGAAAGAAAGAAAGAAGGAAGGAAGGAAAGAAGCCCUCAUCAACUAGCCCGAAGGAGGGAGAACACGCGGUCCAACUGUACAAUAUAUGACUGUCGAUUGUGAAUACAAUGUUCUCAACUUCCCGCCAGCGAUGUUCCAUACGUGAUCACUGUCUGAUUGAAGUCCUAGCUACCUGUAAUGUCCACUUCUUAAACUCUCGUUCCUAAUGACAAAGUGGCUAUGUGCAAUGGAUAUAAAUGUACUGUGAUUCUCUUAGUACAGCAUUUGGUUUAACUUAACUUUAUUUAUUUAUGAAGUAAUUUAUUUUGCUGUUUCCUCCUGGUCCCUUCACCUCCCUCUUCCCCGCUGAGUUUUGAUCUUCGGGUUUAAUUUAAUUUAUUUAUUUUAAAUUAUAAAUGAUUGAUGUAACAGCACUUUAAAGGGCGACCACCGACUCACGAGAUGACAACCUUUCAACUUUGUUUUGGGAGACAUUUCUGUAUUAAGUGACUUUGGUUCUUUAAUAAAAACAAUCUCGAUCA